GUUUUGAGGCUGGCAUUACACACUGUCCUCGCUCACCUGUGCGUCUAGGAUUCUCACUUUCAGCCUUCUCCCCAGAGAGAUACAGGCAAACAAGGAACAAAGAAGAAUCUACGGCAGCGCUCCAGGAGAGACAGAGAAAGCGGCAUCACUUAGCUUGCAUUUCAACCUGCUGGUAACGGCUGUCUCUGCCUGGGCCCAAGUCAACGCUACACAUGCAUCAGAUUAAACUGUAGAAUCAUGGAGACAAGCCCAGAGGUGGACACAGAGGAGCUAACAGCAAGGAAGAAGUCAAAGUUUAAGUUCCUGAAGACUCGACUUUUCAGCCGCCUGAAGAGGAAGGAGACUGAAGGCCAGAUAAAGCAGAGCCAGUCUUCUAGUGAUGUCACUACGCAUCACGGCGGAAAAGGUGAAGAUGACUCGGAGGACGACAGCCACUACCAGCACAAGACAUUAAGCUCCAGAGCAUUGUCACAUGACAGCAUCUUUCUGGCCAAUGAAGUACAGUCCUCACAGUCUGAGCGUGUUCUUUCACAAGAGAAUGUGCACAGCAAGAUUAGAGCACUGCAGUUGAAGCUGCAGCAACAGAACAUGCGGCUGGGCCCCCCUCCAUUGCUGAUUCCUGCAAAGCGCAUUGAGGAGUCUGGAACAACUUCUGAGGAUGAUGGUUUACCCUGCAGUCCUCCUGAAAUGUACUUACAAGAUGUAGCUGUGCACACAACGGCCUAUAAAUUUCCUGACACUAAAAAGCAUCUCAGUUCAUUAAGUUUAGCAGGAACAGGAAGUGAAGAAGAAGAGCAGCCUCCAUCGAGGCCUCACUCGCCAGUCUCACGACUGUCUCCUCAGGCAUUCAUCUCAUCACCUAUAGAUUUAGCUUCAUCCUCUUCCAGUGUGGACUUCAAUAGCCCUGCCCAAUAUGUCCCCUGCUUAGACAACUCAGCUGCCCGACACCGUAUGUCUAUCAAGCCCAGGAACCAGCGCGCCAGCUCCAAGGCCAAGAAGCCACCAUCAGACAAACAAGAGAAGACCAUGGCUUUAGAAAGUGGUCCAGUAGGUCCACCAAGCAUUGAUGAUGAAGCCCUAAAGGCCAGUGAUCCAAUAGGUCCACCAAGCAUGAAUGAUGAAGCCCUAAAGCCCAGUGAUUCAGUAGGUCCACCAAGCAUGGAUAAUCAAGCCCAAAAAACCAGUGAUCCAUUCCCACCUGAGGGCAGAGUCACCACCAAUCCACUCUACCUCCAGCCCAUGCCUGGUCUAUUUCCACCUUUAAAUGCUGAUAGCCAGCACACAAAGGAGACUGCAGUUGAUUGUAAUGAAGCAUAUAAGACCAGUCCAGUGAAGGUUUUAGCAGCAGAUUAUUAUGUUACAACACAAAAAUCCAGUGAGAGCGUUGAAGCAGGUACCACAGAACAAAUGCACACUUUGAAAAAGGCUGUAGAUGCAGAUGCUUUGAGAGUGGCAGAGACCUUAGCAAGACCCCGCCCUGUUCCUGCACCACGUACCAAAAAGCCAACUUUAGAAAACAGAAAUAUGUCUGCACUGAAAAUAAAUAUUUCAAAAUACAGAGAGUUUGAAAAGGAGGCCUUUCUUCCUGAGCUAAUCUGUAGGAACACAUUGCCAUUUGGAGGUCUGGAUGAAUCUUCAAAAAAAGAUAAUGAGCCACAAAGACUGAACUCAUUCCAGUUUUCCACUGCAUCUGUAAAAAAUCGCUCCAAGAUGAGUGGUGAGCAUGUGUCUAAGAAGGAAGAUGAAAGUUCUUGCGAUGAAACUUCACUGAAGCCUCCAUCCUACAACCCGAAUCUGGAAGCACAAAUGGAGAAAACUCAUAAUGUGAAACCUAUUGAGGUUAACAAAACCUCUUUUGCCAUCACUUUGCUAAAGGAAGUAAUACUCCAGAAUGUCUCCAAGACAGAAGUGGAAAGAAACCCUGAACUAUGUGAAGGAUGUGCACAGACCAUAGAAGCUGAAAAGAGUAAGAAAGUAGAGGAAAAUGAAGAGAAGAAAAAUCUUUUUGGGGUUAAACUCCGAACCACUUCCUUGUCUCUUAAGUAUCGCUCUGAUGUGGCCAAAGCAGAGGCAAAAAUAAAGCGACACAGUCUGGAGGAAAAUCACAUGAUAGGAGUUUCUGAUGGGCAUACUGGAAAGGAACCAUCUUCCAUGGACAUGACAGACAUCACUAAUGCCAGAAAUGUAAAUGUUCUCACAAAUCUAGCACUUCAGAACCCGGACUUACAGCAAGAUACAACUUUAGACAAAGAUAAAGAGCUUCCUCCCAGACCUGUGGUAAGCUCAAGCUGGGAGGCAGAUACCGGAUCUGAGCCAGCACGGAUGACCUUUACCCGGGAGAAGACUAGAGCCCACAAUCUGUCCACCAAACCCUGUUCACAGCCAGCUUCACCAUUUAAUUCUACAUAUUCAUCUACACCUAAAACAUCAUUUGCUCCUCCACCCCUAAGACCAACACUUCAGCAUAGACCACCCUUACCACUCAUCACAAAAUCUGAUCUUAGGACACCCCUUAGCCCAGAGCUACAACCAAGUAUCCAACCAACACCACAAACUCCACCAAAACUGGCUGCAAGUACAAUGGCAGAAAGACGGGUCUCAUACAGUCUGAGACAAGAAAAUAGCAAUGUGAGCCAGUUAGGAAAAGGACUUGAUCUAGUGGAAAUUAAGGGACCAUCUAAACCUGGAGGCAAGAGAAAUACCCAAAUAGAAUCUGAUGUCUUCAGGAGGACCCCGACCUUCAUGCCUACUGGCAAGCCUGAGCUUUCAUCAUCAUCAUCAUCAUCAUCAUCAUCAUCACUACUCCCCCAACAACAGUCUCCUUCAGACACAACUCAGCCAUCUUGGAUGGAACUUGCCAAGAGGAAGUCUCUGGCCUGGAGUGACAAAUGUUUGGAUUAAAGAUAAAUAAGAGAAGCUCUGAAGUCAGUAUGUGUAGGUUUGUAAAUGAAAUCAAAGAACAUGUAUAUGCACAACUGACACUUUAUACUGUUGAGUUUAUAAAAACUCAAACUGAUGAAAUGUGCUAGAUCUGCAGAAAUAACAUGGUUUGGUUAAAAAAAAACCUCUGAACUAAAACUCUAAAAUCUACUGACAUUAAAUUACAGUGUCAUGUUCUGUCACUGUUUCCCGUCUCACGUGGGGUGUGUUUCCUUCUUUUAGCCUUUUUACUUCUGCUUCCAUCUUUACAAAUAGAAUAUAUGGAACAGAUAUUACCCAGACCAGAAGUUCUAUUUUGAAGUAUUUUCUAUAAAACGUAAAAUGCCUCAGUGUACUGAAUCUCACAGUUUGCAUAUUUCUGUACUCAUGGAAAAUACGUUGGAGGAUGCUAUGAUGGUCGUGGCUUCGAGAACCAGUGCAGGGAGAUAUGAGUUGGUACCCAACCUGCCUCAGAAACCCAACACAGAUUUGGAAAGAUGGAUGUGGGACAUUAGAAGAACUGCCAGAGGGGAAGAAUUAAGAAACUGCUUGAAAAUGAAAAAAUACAUGAUGCUGUUGUGUGGCACUACCCAUAUGCAAAGAGUCUGUAAAUACAUUAAGACAAUAACAUGCCACACACAAUACUUUCAAAAGAAAAGUGUGAUAUAGAACUACCAUGUAUAUUUCAUAGUAUAGUUAUGACAGUCAUGUGACACACACAAUCAUGUAAUAAAGUGAUCAUUGUGAACCUGAAGGAAGAAGGUUCAGUUCACAAAUGUGUGUUGUAGGUAGCUGGUAUCAUGUAAGCCAGUGGUGGCUGAGUACAAUGCAGGUUAGUGAUUUCCCAUAUCAAAUACAUUUGAUGCAUCCCAGCAGUUAAUUACUAGCUUUAGUAUGUGACCUGGAGCAGGGCAAAUACCAAACUGUGACAGUCUCUGGCCCUCUAGUAUCAGAGCACAUCUGAUCUAAACAAUGCAGUGAAAAUGUCUUUUACUUUGCAUUGUGCAAUAAACUUCUAAACCAGCAUAAUUAUUUAUUUAAGAUAUUAGCAAGAAUAUCCAAAAUUGGCCUUACAUCUUA